AUUUAAGACCCAAGUUCAGGUGUGUGCUAGUCACAACUCACCUGGUUGACGCUACGACAACAAGGCACCUUCAGUCUUACCUGUGUACUGUAGGUCAACACUAAACAGUAGAAUGUUAAACUUUGUGUCGGCAGUGUUGUUAUUGACGCUAGUGGGUGUGGUCAGCCCUCAGUGUAUCACCACCAACGAUACUCAGCCCCCACCACUCCACCCUGACCUGGGCCACAUCCUCCCCUUCAGCUUGGGUUUGUUCAAGGAGCUCUACGUCCCCGGCAGCGCCACGGGCAACUUCUUCUUCUCCCCCUUCAGCAUCUGGAACGCCCUCGUCUUGGCCUACUUCGGGUCGGCUGGCAGAACCCAGGAGCAACUGCAACGGGUUCUCAACCUUAAGAACCCAGCUGAUACCCUGGCCACUUACAAGGCCGUGGACCGUCUGUACGCAGAGCGACAGGCCAACACCAGCGACAUUGUGGUGAACUUGGCCAAUCGAAUGUACUUGAACGCGAGCAUCCCCCUCCGUGUCUGUGUGAGUGGCGUGCUCUCGGACAAGGUCCAGCUCCUCAACUUCAACACAGUGAACGCAACGGCGACGCUGAACCAAUUCGUAACCAAUACAACACACAACAAAAUUAAGAACUUGUUCAAGGAAUCCGAUCUGCUAGGGAGUGUUAACAUGGUGCUGGUCAACGCCGCCUAUUUCAAGGGCUUCUGGCUCACACCUUUCAACACACUCUACACCGUGCAGGACAAGUUCUACACCUCCCCAAACCACUAUUCCCUCGUAGAGAUGAUGGUCCAAAUUGCUGAGUUUAACUAUGGAAAAUCAGGUGAGCUGGGAGCUACAGUGCUCGAGCUGCCAUACAAGGGGGAGGCAGCGUCCAUGUUCGUGCUGCUGCCUGACGCUGCCGCGACCGACGACAACACCACAACACCCCUGGGAGUCAUGCUGACCCGCCUCACUCCACACACUCUCAGAGCCGCCCUCGCCACACUGAAAAGACACAGAGUCACCCUCAGGAUCCCAAAAUUCACGCUGGAACACGAAAUCAGAGGUGAUCUUAAAGAGAGUCUUCUACGUCUAGGAAUCCGGGACCUCUUUUCCGUCUACGCUGAUUUGUCCAUCUAUGAUCCUUCAAAAAGCAUUAAAGCUAAAGAUACCAUCCACAAGGCCGUGGUGGAGGUGAAUGAGAAGGGCUCCGAGGCUGGCGCUGCAACAGGCAUAUCAUUCGACUUUAGAAGUGGUGCGAAAAGGUUUAGCUGUAACCGUCCGUUCCUGUUCUUCAUUCAGGAUAACCAUACCAACAACAUUCUCUUUAUGGGUGUCUACAGGCAGCCAAACACUAACACCGAGAGUCACACGAACCCAUGAAGAAUAACUAAGUUAAUGCCUACCGAUAUUAAGUUCGAACUUCGGUACCAACAAGAACUUCUCAUUAAUAUUAGUGCUAAUGUUAUGACUUUUGUGUCCAUCAAUAAUGAAAUACGAUGCAGUUUCCACGCUUCGCAGUAAAUCAAUCAACAGUUUAUACGACUUACAUAUUGUAGGUUCUCAAAGUAAAGCCUCAUAAGAGAGAAUACUGUAACAAUCUAUCCAAUCUUACAAAGCUAUGAAUUGUGUAAACGCAUUUUAACACCACAGAAUGAAUAAAAUAUGAAUUACCAGUCUCAAUUUUAACAUCAA